GAAAACUACCAUCUAUCACAAAAAAUGGCGGGCAAACCAACCAAAGCAGGUAGGCCAAAUAGAGAAAUCCUUUCCGGUGGUAAGAAGUAUGCCACUAAGCAAGCCAAUAAGCAUCGAGUAGCGGAGGUUGUGUUCGACAAAGAUGCCAGGGUCGAGUACUUGACGGGGUUCCACAAGAGAAAAAUCGAGCGCCAAAAGAAGGCCAAGGACUAUAACAUCGAGCAGGAGAGAUUGGCUAGGUUGGAAGAGAGAAAAAAGAUGAGAGAAGAGAGAAAGAAGGACGUGGAGGACCAGUUGAAAAAGUUCAACGAUACAGUCAUGGAGCUCACCGGCGGUGUGCAAGACGACGACGAAGACUGGAGUGGCUUCAAGACCGAGAAGGCCGCUAAGGACGAGUCUGAAGAUGAGACUGAUGCUCAGAAACAGGUCGAUGAGGCGAACGGAAUCCUCAACCGCAAGGAAAUCUACAUCGCUGACAACGAGAAUGCACCUGUUGCGGGCGAAUCCACCGUCACCAUCGAGUCGUUGGACCCUAACGCCGAAAACUUGGCGUUACUUGCAAAGGCCAACCACAUGGAGUAUGGGAAAGCCGCGGAGAUGGUUGAGAAGGACGAGUCUGCGGAGUCCAAGGAGGAAAAGAAGAGGGCAGCGAAGAAGAAGAAGUUCCGUUACCUCUCCAAGGCCGAGAGAAGAGACAACACUCGUAAGGAAAGAAGCAAGAACUCCAGACCAAAGAGAGACGCUCCGGGCGCUCCAACCGGGAAGAGCGGUAAGGGUGCCAAGGGUAAGGGUGGUAAGGGUAAAUAAGCAUUUCAUCUGUACAAUAUUAAUAAAGCAUAGCCAAUGUGUUUUCA